AUGAUCGAAUUAAGAGAACCCGAUGCAGAAAAGCUUGUCAGUCUCCUCUGGAGCCCUCCGAAACCCGACGUUCACGCUCAAUUUGGCAGAUCACCCACAAGAGGUCCGUGUGGUACAUCGGCGUACAAGAACUACUGCCAUCGUCAGUGGGGCUUGAUUGCGGGAUAUUUCAAUGGCCAUUACAUAACUCUCAACAGUCUUACAGAGCUCAGCUCUCUAAUUCAAUAUCUCCUCAAGACAGACACAAUCACAAGAGGCCAGAUAGAUGCUUAUUUGAAAUCUAAUCAGCGUCAAAUAUUAGAUCAAAAAGCAGUGGAUACCACAAUCAAUCUCACUCUUCGCCUCCUGCUCAUGCUUCGAUUCGGCCCUGUUGAAGGGGAGGAAUCUCUUGACCAUUACCUUCUUUGGGGCUCUGGUUCCUUGAAGGAUUGCGUACGGUCUCACCUAGAGGAUUUGCCUCAUCUCAAUAUUGAAGGGAUCCGUUUCCCGAAGAGCUUCAAUGCGUGGAGUCUAGUCACAAUUGGGGGCAUCAAGAUUGAACUAACAGACAAUCUAGCCGACCACCUGUUGCUGAUAGAGGACGAGAAUGAUUUGAGAGUUUUGAUAUUCCACCAUGUAUCAUUCCUUCGAUGCCAUCAAAGUUCGUUCUACCCUCAGAGACUUGGCGCAAGCGGCACACUUCACGCGGAAGCCCGAAGGAUCGAGAGGUUCAACUUCUGGAGGAACCGAUUGAUUGUCCUCAAGCAGGCGUACGAUGAUGCCACUCCUCGUACGCUGGCUCAAUGGUGGUAUGACCGGCGGAACAGGGUCAUUUGGUGCACUUUCUGGUUGGCAAUCCUGGUUUUGGUGCUUGGAGCGUUGGUGGGCGUCGUUCAGUGUGUUCAAGGGGGCUUACAAGUUUCGAAAUCAUGA